CGGAGGCGGGCGGGCUUUCCGGGGCGGGGAGCCGCCGGUGCGGCGGAGGGCGAUGGCGGCCGCCUGGCCCUGGCUGCUGCUGUGGCUGGGGGCGGCCGCCCUGCGCGCCCGCCCGGCCCCGCCGCGGAUCCGGCUGCCGUUACGGGGCGGCGCGGCCCUGCCGGCGGGGCCCCGGGCCCGCCGGGCGCCGGAGGAGGCCGAGCGGGGCGGCAGCUUCGUGGAGAUGAUCGAUAACCUGCGGGGCAAGUCCGGGCAGGGCUACUACGUGGAGAUGACGGUGGGCAGCCCCCCGCAGAAGCUGAAUAUCCUGGUGGACACGGGGAGCAGUAACUUCGCAGUGGGAGCCGCGCCUCACCCCUUCCUCCGGAGAUACUACCAGCGGCAGCUGUCCAGCACCUACCGUGACCUGCGGAAGGGUGUGUAUGUGCCCUACACCCAGGGCAAGUGGGAAGGGGAACUGGGCACCGACCUCGUCACCAUCCCCCACGGCCCCAACGUCACCGUCAGAGCCAACAUCGCUGCCAUCACCGAGUCGGACAAAUUCUUCAUCAACGGCUCCAACUGGGAAGGGAUCCUGGGGUUGGCGUACGCCGAGAUCGCCCGGCCCGACGACAGCCUGGAGCCCUUCUUUGACUCCCUGGUGAAGCAGACCCGGGUGCCCAACAUCUUCUCCCUCCAGCUUUGCGGGGCAGGCUUCUCGCCCAACGAGACGGAGACCGUGGCGUCGGUGGGGGGCAGCAUGAUCAUUGGUGGCAUCGACCGCUCGCUGUACGUGGGUGACAUCUGGUACACGCCCAUCCGGAAGGAGUGGUACUACGAGGUCAUCAUCGUCAAGCUGGAGGUCAACGGGCAGGACCUGAACAUGGACUGCAAAGAGUACAACUAUGACAAGAGUAUCGUGGACAGCGGGACCACCAACCUCAGGCUGCCAAAGAAGGUGUUCGAGGCUGCGGUGAAAUCCAUCAAAACGGCUUCUUCGACGGAGAAGUUCCCAGAUGGCUUCUGGCUGGGGGAGCAGCUGGUUUGCUGGCAGGUCGGCACCACCCCCUGGCACAUCUUCCCGGUCCUGUCCCUCUACCUGAUGGGGGAGGCCACCAACCAGUCCUUCCGGAUCACCAUCCUGCCCCAGCAAUACCUGCGCCCGGUGGAGGACGUGGCCACCUCUCAGGACGACUGCUACAAGUUUGCCAUCUCCCAGUCCUCCACGGGCACGGUCAUGGGCGCCGUUAUCAUGGAGGGCUUCUACGUGGUCUUCGACCGUGCCCGCAAGCGCAUCGGCUUCGCUGUCAGCGCCUGCCACGUGCACGACGAGUUUCGGACGGCGGCAGUGGAGGGUCCCUACCUGCACUCCAACAUGGAGGACUGUGGCUACAACAUCCCGCAGACGGACGAGUCCACCCUGAUGACCAUCGCCUACGUCAUGGCAGCCAUCUGCGCCCUCUUCAUGCUGCCCCUCUGCCUCAUGGUGUUCCAGUGGCGCUGCUUCCACUGCCUGCGGCGGGACCACGACGACUUUGCCGAUGACAUAUCCUUGCUGAAGUGAUGGCGGAGCGUGGGGGCGGCCCCGGGGGCCGCAGGUGAGGCAGCAGGGCAGGGAGAGGUAGGUCCUUUCUCCGGGGGCUGGAGCGUGGAGGCAGCGCGGGGAGCUCAGACCCCCAGCCCAGGUCCUCCUGGCGCUGGGGGACUCGGUGCCCGUGGGAGCCCCAGGCCUGGCCUGUGUUCGUCUGGGACCUGCAGAAGGAGCCUGGCAGCUGGGGAGGGGUGAGAGCGCAGCGACCCCGUCCUGGGGGCUGGGGGGAGCAUCUCUGCUGCGGCACCAGGGCGCGCCGGGCUGUCCCAGGCUCUCCUGCCCAGCCCUGCCAAGUUUGACGGAGUCACGCCGCCGAGCCAUCCCCUGCCUGUCCCCCGUCUCCCUCCGUCCCUGUGCCGCCGCCCGUCUCAGCCCGCCCUGCCGGGAAGCUGCUGGGCCAGGCUCUCCAUGCAGGGAGCUGUGCGUGCGUGCUUGCGUGCUGCAGCCGUGCCUUCCCUCCCUGCGCGGGACGCCUGCCCCAGCCCGACUGCCCCGUUCCCAUCUCCGGAGCCUCCCGUCCCCAGCCCCGGGCCGUUUGCAGAGAUGCAGGGCCAGCCUGGGGCUGCCCGGGACAGGAGCAGCCAGAGCCAGGGCUUUCCCUCCCAUCCUCCUGCUCCCCCGUACACCGCUUGCUCUAACAUUUGCCAUGGCAUUUCCUCUGCCCCGCCAAACUGUCCUUCCCUGCGCCCACCCUGCCCUCCCCGCUGCCCCCCGGGACAGGCAGGAGCCGGCACCCAUCCUCUCCCCGCUCCGCUGCUGCUCGCCACGUCCCCAGGGCUCGGGAACCUGCCUCACCUCCCUUCCAGCAUCAAUGGCGCCUGCCAUGGAGAAGCCGCUGGCUGCUGCCCUCCUGCCCUGGGGAAGGCAGCCUCCCGGCGCGGGGACAGGGGCUGCCCGGGGAGGGAAGGCAGCGGCGUCCCCCACAAGCACUGCACAGCCUGCUACAUGCAGAAACCGUGCGCCAGGAGAGAGCGGAGUACCCAGCGCCGGUGCCGACUGCUCCCCAGCCCGCCCGUCCCUUCGAAAGCCAUAGGGGAGCCAGCGCCCGGCCGGCCCCCACCCGCAGCCCCUGCCCUGCCUCACCGCCGGCACGUCGCGUCCCUCGGUGCGGGGGCUCCUCCGCUCCAUCCACGAGUCCGUGCGUCCUGGCCGCGGCUGCGCUCCCGCUCCCGAGGCGUGAGACACCCCGGCGGCGUGGGGGCAGGCGGCGGCGGUGGGGACUGCAGCGUUUAUUAUUUUUUAAACACAUGGUUGUAUUUAUUUCUUCUUUUUUUUUUUUUAUAAUGCGAGUCACCGGUAGUGCAGCUGCGCAGAAUCAGAGCGUGUAUAUAGCAGGUCCCACACCGCACACAGGUGUACAAAUAACGGUCGCUUCUCACUUGUACAAUAUAUACAUAUAUCUAUAUUUUUAAUUCUAGCCCUGAAAGCCACUGUUCCAAACCCAACAUUAGGGGGUUUGGCCCUGUUCUGUUUUGUUGAUUUUUUUAAAAUAUUUUUAUCCUUCUGCUCAGUCCUAGGCCCUUGGCCACAACCCCAGGCCAGGGCUUGCUCAGCAGCGGCGUGCUCGGGCGGAAGCACUUUAUGGCUCAGAGGUGGCCCGAGGUGGUUUCAGAGGAGGUGACGGUGUGGAGGGGCGCAGGAGGGCAGGGCUGGGGCACGCAGAGCAGUGGUUCACAAGCCCAAAGGACAUCGAGCGCAAGAGCUGCUUCUGUCCUCAUGGUGUUCCUCCGGCAAAGGGAGGAUUUCCCAGUACAUAAGGACGACCCUCCCCUUCUCCCCGCCCGCCGCAGCUCGUCCUGCCCCAGGGAGAGGGGGCCGCAGGCUCACCUUCUCCCUUCCCCGGGGCGGGCGCCCUUGAGCUUGCAGCCACCGUGCUGUGUCCUUACUUCUCUGCCUCCAGCCUGGACAGGAAAGCGCGUCGUUCGGAAAACCGAGACUCGCCCAUGAAAAGGCAACGUUCCUCCACGAGCAAAAGAGGGGGCUGCCUGCGGUGCCGGGGCCGUGCUGGCAGCUGGUCACGGCGGCAGCGCCAGAGCCAGGGUACCGGUUCAGGUGGGGACAGGGGCGGCUCUGCAGCGAUCGCUGAGCACAAAGCCUGUUAACUAAAUCCUGCAGCUAAGUAUUUCUGGGAACAGUGAGGGAGCCAGCACGCGAGGCAGGAGGGGGAAACACGCAGGGUAGGAGAGGGAAGCCAGCCCUAGCACUGGGCACCGCCACAACAGCCCGUCCCACGCACCCCCAAACUGUCCCACUCACUGCUAGUGCCCCGUUCCCGUGCCUUGCUCCAAAACGGCAAGCAUCCAGCGAGUCCGCUCCGGCGCAAGAAGGCAACGCUAUGCAAUGGCAGAGCGCGCACAGACCUCCAUCCGCAGCCUCGUGCCUGCCCAGCACGUCCCCAGGACCCCCCCAGGACCCCAGAGACUGUUGUGGACCACUGCCUUAAAACACGCUGGCAAGCGCGUGCGUGUAGGAAGAUUGGGGCUGUGGCCAGAUUCAGGCGUGCUGCACCCGGGCAGCGCUUGCACUGACCCACCCCGAGGCACGGCUGCCUCAGCAGUGCUGAAUUUGUGCCGCAGAUUGCAAGUAAGGGGGGGCAAAAAUUUUACAGAGUAAGUGCAAGAUUUUAAGUGGUGCUGAGCACCUCGCACUCCCACCGAAAUCCACGGAGAAGGUGUUGGCGUGUCAGCCCGUGCUUGAGGAGGAAGUGCAGGAGAGGGGAAACUAGGAACCGCGACAGGUUGGUUAUCCUGAGCUGCAGUGCAGCCGAAUCCGUUCGCUCCGGUUCGUUCCCGAGUGCUCCCCCACCCCGUGCCCGGAGUUACAGCAGGGAACCGCAGGUGAAGGUGCGCGGAGCCCUGCCCCGCCAGAGGGGGACGGGGACGGUUCCGGCAGGCUGUCGCUGUAGACUCCAGUACUCUGUAACCUAUUGUCUAUGUAAGAACAAUGAAUGUUAACACGGUAAAUUAUUAUUACAUUAAAAAAAGA